AUGCCUGGGAAAACUCCCAAGCUGCCUGUCUCGCAGCUGCUCAUCCUCUCAAUCUGUAGAUUCGCCGAGCCUGUCGUGUACACCUCCGUUCUGCCAUAUCUCCCCGAAAUGAUCGAGGAUAUCGGCAUCCCCAAAAACGAAGUCGCUCGAUGGGUCGGCAUCACCUCCGCCGUAACCUCCAGCUGCCAGGCCGCCAUGGCCGUUAGCUGGGGUACGGCGUCCGACACCCUCGGCCGAAAGCCCAUCAUCCUGUGCGGGCUCACCUUCACCAUGAUCUUCUCCCUAAUGUUCGGCAUGUCCAAGACCAUGGGGAUGCUGCUCGUCUCGCGCGCGUUCCUGGGCUUCAUGAACGGCAACGUGGGCAUUAUCCGGACCAUGGUCGCGGAGAUGGUGCCGGAGAAGGAGCUGCAGCCGCGUGCAUUCAGCAUCAUGCCGCUCGUCUGGACGAUUGGGAGUAUCUUUGGCCCUGCGUUUGGCGGGGCGCUGGCGCGUCCGGCGGAGAAGCACCCGGAGAUCUUUGGCAAUUGGGACUUACUCAAGGAAUAUCCGUUCUUGCUGCCGAAUAUGGUGUCGGCUCUUUUGUUUGUUAUUGGGAUCACGACGGGGUUUCUGUUCUUACAUGAAACACUGGCAGCUAAAAAGCAUCAGUCCGACGUUGGGGUACGUCUGGGCCAGGCGUUGACGAGCGGCUGCACCGGGCGCAGACAAAAGUCUUUGUACUUGGAAACGCAGGAGGAUGACGAACGGACUGCUUUGCUAGGGAAUCAUGGCAAGGCCAGCCGAAGCACGGGCAAAGCUACCAAGAGGCCGAGCUGGAAGGAGGUCUUUUCUCCCCAGUCCACCUUGGUGCUUGCCGCUUAUUCUAUGCUGGCGAUGCACAACAUGGCGUUCGACUCCCUGCUUCCGGUCUUUCUGCAUACGCCGCUUCAGCGACUUGAUGGGAAUCCAGACGUUAAGCUGCCGUUCAAGUUUAUCGGAGGAUUUGGAGUUGACUCUCAAAGAAUCGGCAUGUACUACACCCUCAUCGGCAUCAUCGGCAUGUUCGUGCAAUUCUUCAUCUUCCCCACCGCCGCCAAGCGAUUCGGCGUCCUCAACUGCCUCAAAGUCGUCAGCAUCAUUUUCCCCAUCAUCUACUUCCUGACACCCUUCAUGGCGCUCACCCCGGCCUCGGUGCGGAGUUACGUCGUGUUCAUGCUCAUGCUCACAAAGCUCGCAUGCACCAUCUUCGGCUUCCCAUGCUGCACCAUCAUGAUGACCAACUCGGCCACCAGCCUCAGCGUUCUAGGCACAUUAAACGGAGUCGGGACGAGCGUCAGUGCCGUCGGACGUGCGGCGGGGCCGGCCCUUGUCGGCGCGACCUUCUCCUACGGAGUCAGUAGAGGCUAUGUCAUUCUCCCAUGGUGGAUUUUGGCCGUCUUUGGCGCCUUGAGUGCCGUACCCCUCUUCUGGGUCGUGGAAUCGGAUGGAUUCCAAGGUGAUCAGAGCUCGGAAGACGAAGAGACUGAUGACUGA